AUGCCUUACAUCGGAAGGAUCACAUCGUGUUUCAAACCCCUGGGAAGAUUCACUUGUGUGUAUUGUUCCGGGGUUUUGGUGGCAUUACGCUGGUUCAUGACAGCUGGACACUGUGUCAGGAUCCCGAAAUCAGACACGAAGAAUCACGAAAUAAAAACAAUGACGAUCACCCUGGGGGACUUGAAAAAAGACGACGUUUCUGAAGACGGGACCGAAAUAAUCGAAGGAGACGUGAACAGUGUUCAAGUCCCUGUGGGGUACAACAAAAAAUAUCGCAACAAUGACCUAGCCUUGGUCAAGCUGACAAAAGAUGCAACAUUGAGUAAUAAGAUCAAAAUCAUGAACUUACCUACAACUGCAAGUGAUACAAAUCCUGCUGUUGGAGCAGCAGUCACUUACUACGGAUGGGGAUUCUAUGACCCAGUCAACUAUCUCCUAUCCAACAACUUGAAGAAAGGGACAGCUCUCGUCGUUGAUAGUGCACGCUGCAACGUUUACGAUACCAAAACGCAAUUCUGCACAAAUUCUGAUGAAGGACAACAAAACUGCUAUGGUGAUGCCGGUGGUCCAAUUGUUCUGACGUCUGAUUUAACAACUGUCGUUGGAAUAAUAAGCUACAAUACUCCUAAUUGUCCGAAAGCAUCAGUAAAUGGACAAUACCGACAUACUCGUGUCAGUGGCAAUCUGGAUUGGAUUAAGAAUAUCAUCGCGAAUUGAUUGUAAACGAAUUAUUUGAAAGCCAAAUACAGAGAUGGAAAUGUUGGUUUUCUUAUAUUGACGGAUUA